AUGAGGAAAUAUCAUCCUCAAUGGAGAGUUGAGAGAAGAAAUACAAGUUUCAUUGUCUUAGUUGGGUCACCAAACAAGACGAAAUUGAGAAAAGUGAAAGGGGCUGAUGGGGCAGGACCAUGUGGGAGAGCUUCUCCAGACGAGGAGGCCAUGAAGAUGGCACCUUGUGCGAUGGCAGCACAAGAUGAGAAAGCCACUGUUUCAGGCAAUUGCUGCCUUCAGGUUAAGAAAAUAGGCCAGAAUCUGAGCUGCCUCUGUGCUGUUACGCUUUCUGACACGGCCAAGAGUUCUGGAAUCAAGCCAGAAGUUGCUAUGACCAUCCCCAAGCGCUGCAACCUCCCUAAGCAUCCUGUGUGGACCUUAUACAGUCCCUUGAUGGACUGCUAUGAACAAUAUGAUCAUCGAAACCAAGCACGAAUUACUUAA